CGUGCACGUGUGUCGGUGGCGCGCUCCACCGGAGGCGGUAGGCAGCGGCGUCUCCUGGCUGAGGAGCUUCAGAGCGCGUGAGAGGAAGCACGCGGAGGAUUUGUCUCCGGGAUUUGGCCGCGUUCGCGCCCGCACGCCCCGCGCCUUGAGCCGGAUCAGCCCCCGCCGGACCCCGCCGCGCGGCGCUGAGAAACCAUCAGAGCUGAGCCGCAGCGACACAACAGUAGCCUGGUUGAGGGUCAGACCCUGUGUGUUCAUCCAGCCGGUGAUCCGUCCCCCGCUGUCCGAGUCACACAGAAAAGGAUCUGAUGAAGGACAGGAGAGAACGGACCACCUGCUAUGGCGAGUGCAGCUGAAGGCGCCGGCAGUCUGGGAGCCGAGCAGAACCAUCUGAACGUCCCUAUUUCGGAUCAUGGAGCGUGGGCCACAGCGAUGAACAACCUGGGCAUCAUGCCUGUGGGCAUCAGUGGACACCAGCUGGUCUCAGACUCUCUGUGUAUCCAGAGAUUCGACCCCAGUCUGGGCCUCAUCGCGCCCAUAAACCCCAUGAUGGCAGGAAUCAGCCUGGUACCACCUCCACCUGGUACUCCCUCCAGUUUGGUACCACCUCCACCCUCUGACAUUCCAGUCAUCAAGGAGAUCAUCCACUGCAAGAGCUGCACCCUCUUUCCUCAGAACCCAAACUUGCCCCCUCCAUCCACCCGUGAGCGCCCCCCUGGCUGUAAGACCGUUUUUGUCGGAGGUUUGCCCGAAAAUGCCACAGAGGAGAUCAUCAGGGAAGUGUUUGACCAGUGCGGGGAGAUCAUCGCCAUCCGGAAGAGCAAGAAGAACUUCUGUCACAUCCGCUUCAGUGAGGAGUUCAUGGUGGACAAGGCCAUCUACCUGUCAGGAUACCGAAUGCGCAUCGGAUCCAGUACUGACAAGAAGGACUCUGGGAGGAUCCACGUGGACUUUGCUCAAGCCAGAGAUGAUCUGUAUGAGUGGGAGUGUAAACAGCGCUUCAUGGCCAGAGAGGAGAGGCACCGCCGGAAGAUCCACGAGGACCGCCUGCGGCCGCCAUCCCCUCCUCCCAUAGUGCACUACUCUGAGCAUGAGGCAGCAAUUUUGGCAGACAGACUGAAAGAUGACAAUAAGUUCAAUGAGGCCACAGCAGUGCUGUUCACUUGGAUUGACCGGGGCGAAGUCAACCGCAGGACCGCCAAUCACUUCUACUCCAUGAUCCAGUCCGCCAACAGCCACGUUCGGCGGCUGAUGAGCGAGAAGGCUCAGCAUGAGGAGGAGAUGGAAAUCGCCAAGGAGGCCUUCAAGAACGCCCUGAUGGCCAUUCUAACUCAAUUCGAGCAGAUCAGCGCCGUUUUCACCGCCGCCACCCGGCAAAAGGCAUGGGACCAUUUCACAAAAGCACAGCGCAAGAACAUAGACAUUUGGCGCAAGCAGUGUGAGGAGCUGAGAAAUGCCCACAGUGAAGACAUCAUGGGCAUCAGGCGGGAAGAGGAAAUGGAGAUGUCAGACGAUGACUCGGAUGAAAUUCCCUGCAAGAGGAUGCGAGUCGAGGAAAACGGAGUCUGUGAUCAGACUCAGGCCUCUCUGAAGGAGGAGAACGACUCCCUGCGCUGGCAGCUGGACGCCUACAGAAAUGAAGUGGACCUUCUGAGAAAGGAGCAGAGCCGAAACAGCCGGCCGGACGAGGAGCACUCACAGACUCAGGAGUGUCAGCUCCAGCUGCUGCAGCAGAGCAUGCACAGCAUGCAGCAGCAACUCUUGAACCUGCAGGAGAAGCUGUCGAGUAAAGAAGCCGAGCUGGAGCAGGCCAGAGAGGAGCACCGUCACCUGGAGGGGGAGGUGCUCUCCCUCAGAGACAAGCUGCUGUGCGGUAAAGGAGACGCCAUAGAAUCAACCAACGGGGAUCUCCUUGAACAGGGCAUGAACGGCGGCGUUCCUGCGCUCUUCCUCAGCAGAGACAGACGGUCGGAGUUCAUGAGAGGAGGAGUCGCAUCGGAAAAAGAGGCUCUGCUUCUAGGCAUCAUAUCCACAUUUCUGCACGUUCAUCCGUUUGGAGCCAAUCUGGAAUAUCUGUGGUCGUACAUCCAGAGACUGGAUGCAAAGGUGACUGCGGUGGAGCUGGAGCGCCUGAUGGUUCGUCUGCCCAGCAUGUUCAAGCAGGAGCUGAGCGGCGUUGGAGCCAAUCUGGAGAAACGCUGGAAGUUCUGUGGUUUUGACAGUCUCAGCUCGGCGUGACGCAGGAACAGCACACACACACAGUGAAGGUUGCCGUAAACAGACGCACAACCCCUCAGACUGCUAAGAUUGUGUGUGUGCUGCUCACAUCCAGCCGAGUAACUUUCCUUCAGCUGGACUCUGGAGACUCAAAGGGAUCUCAUCACUGCUGCUAUCGGGACGAGGGCUUCAGGUGGAGUUUUUCUCUGAAGAUGCUGAUAGUAUGAGCAGGACGACCCGCUUCCACAUCAACUUCUGGAUUUAUGUGUUGAUCGUUUGUUAACCGGAGCAGCUGGAGGAUGAAAUCGGUCCAAACUCAGCCAGGAAGACCAUGUGGGCGCCAUGUGGUUUAAAAGUGAGCAGAAAAUGUGACCCCAAUUGGGUUUGUCCACAGUUUCUGUGGUGGCCCCACCUGUGUUUUCCACAUUGACUUAAGUAGGGACUCAGUGGGUUAGCUCGCUAUGCUAACCAGCCCCCCAGUGGACAGCGUAGCAUGCUACCAAGCUCCGCUGAAGCGAGCUAGCGAGGUCCAAUGCAGUAUGAGAGAUAGCUUCUCUGUAGCAUGAUAUCAAGCUCCACUUUAGCAAACUAGCGAGCUCGUCUGUGGAAAGCUAGCAAGCUCCAUUGUAGCAUGCCAGCGAUCUCCUCUGUAGCAUGCUAGCAAGCUUCUCUGUAGCAUGAUAUCAAGCUCAGCUUUAGCAAACUAGCGAGCUCCUCUGUGGAAAGAUAGCAAGCUCCAUUGCAGUGAACUUCCCUGUAUUGAGCUAGUUUACUUCACAGUAGCAUGCUGGCUAGCUCCACUGUAACAUGCUGGCUAGCUCCACUGUAGCAUGCUGGUGAGCUCCUCUACAUCAAGCUAGCGAGUUCUGCUGUAGUGAGCUCUUCUUUAUUGAGCUAGCAGGCUUUGCUGUAGCAUGCUAGCGAGCUCUGCUGUAUUUAACUAACUAGUUCAGUUGUAUUGAGCUGGUGAACUCCAUUGUAGCGAGCUAGCAAACUUCGCUGUCCACCAGGCGGCUGGCUAGCAUAGUGAGUCUACCCACUGAGUCCCCACUUAAGUCAAUGUGGCAACCCAUGUGGACCCACAUUAUCUGCCCACUUUUAAAACAUAUAUGAGCCACUUUGCCUUGCUGGCUGGGUACAACACUCAACUGUUAAACCAAAGUCAAACCAUCACAGAUCUCACCUUUUACAGCUGAUAAAAAUAGCUUUUAUCAAUGCUGUUGUCAAAUGUUGGACUCUUUGUGGCUUUCUUUUUUCAAAAUAUCCUUCUAUCAGCGCCAGCACACAGAUUCAUCACACCAGGGCUCUGCAAGAAAGAAAACCAUCGGACAUUUUACCCGCCGUUCGCCUCCCUGCAGUAGACAGGUUCUGUUCCACUGUAAGUGUUUGUAACUGACUGCUUGAACCUGUUGGCUUCAUGUUUUUAUUUGUGAACUUUAGAGAAACUUGAUCCCUGAGGUUGUCCUCUAACAAGCUUCUCAUCUCAGAUGUCAACUAUUUUAGCCCUGAAGGUGAACUUUGAGGCUUAGAUGACCUGCAAGAAGGAAGAUGAUGCAAGGAAAGACCUCAUCCAUCCAUCAAUGCAUUUGCAUGAUUCAUGGCCUAAAAACAGUUUUGUUUUUUUCUAAAAAAAAAAAAAAAGAUUCUUCUACUGCUAAUAAAAUACGUUGAAAUGAUUGCCA